AUGGAGAAAGAGAGGAAGGAGAGAGGGGAUGAGAGGAAGAAGAAUGCUGGUGGAAAAUUGUAUGUUAACCUAUGUUUGUGCGACCAGGGCUCGUCAGACCUGCCCAGCCAACUGGCACAGGCGACGACCUACAUCAAAGUUCUUCGAGAAAGAGUAGAAAAGCUGAAGCAAAGGAGAGAUGAGUGCUACGCAAAGGUCCAGAAGUCCAGCAGCGGCAACGCAGAAAAUGAUGCAGCAGUAGAAUCCUGCUCACAGGAUGUUCAGGUACAAUCCACAGGAGCAGCUCAUUUUUUACGUGAAUUUGACGAUAAACUAAAAUGCAUCCAAGAGAGCAAGCAGGCAACAAGCUCUGAGGUUCUCUUGGAUGCACCAAUGGUAGCAACGAGACUCAGAAGGUUGCUUACGGAACAGCGUGCGAAACUUGAAGGCCUUGGUGCCGAAUCCAGCUUGUGUAACACUCGAAACAUACAGAAAAGAGACUAUUACAUCCAGUUCAUUCCUUUUUUCAUUUGA